AUGACUCACAGUGGCCAGGCAGAAACUAUCAAUCACUUUGAUAUCUUCAUUGUCAGUGGUAAGCUGGGCAAUUUAAGGGAGCAUCUUCUCUACAGUAAUAUGUCGACGAGGAAUCAGAUGAUGGGCAGAAGGAGAUCUGAAAGUUGUGAACAAUUGACUCCUGAGAGGACAACUGAACCUUAUGAUGGAAGCUCUAAUGCAAAGCCUGCAAGAAAUGCUGGUAAAAGCAAAGCUCUCAAACUUAAGUGCAUUUCAAAGAAACAAAUUAUUAUAGCAGCUAUUAUUGUGCUCACAGUUUUGAUCGUUGUCAUAAUUUUACUGGCUGUUAAAAAACCGGAAACAUGUCCAUUUUUUCCUGACCCUGUGAGCCAAGGUGUUGCCUGUCCAGACUUCUGGAUUGGAUAUAGAAGAAAAUGUUUCUAUGUAUCAAAAGAAGAAAGGAAUUGGUCUCUCAGUUUAAACACUUGUUCUUCGUUUAAUGCCUCCUUGGCUGUGAUUGAUAAUCAGGAAGAAUUGGAUUUUUGGGUAGGUAUAUUAAAAUCCUUUCAUUACUGGUUUGGUAUCUCAAGAGAAGUUAACCAGGACUGGAAAUGGGCCAAUGGCACAAAGUUCAAAAAUCAGUUUCCAGUGCGAGGAGAAGGUUUAUGUGCAUAUAUAAAUGGAAAAGGGACUGAUAGCACCUUGUGUUCCAUGGAGAAACUUUUUCUCUGCAGCCGGCCAGAAAGUUGCAGGCCUGGAUGACACAACCACGUGAAAAGAGGAGAGCUCCUGGCUUAUCUCAAUUCGUUUGAUCUGAGGUGCCCUCCCGACCAACAAAAAAGCCCACAAACUAAAAAAAGAAAAGGAGAAAAAAUAAUACACCAAUUACAA